UUUGCUGGUGCUGAAGCCGGAGGAGGGGUAGAGUCGCGUUGUGUCGCUCACUUUCGCAGUAGCACAUUCUAAAUACAGCCCUUGCCUAAUAAAGGUAAUGGGGCUUGUGCUCAGAGCCGCGGCCCCACGCACGCUAUAAAUACUCUCGCUGCAGAGCAGACAGGCUUUGCUUGUGCGACUUUGGAUCGGUUGCCUUAGAACUCAAGCUACUGCUGUUACUGUACCAGGCAUUGGCCUCCGCACCGCUGUAGCACCAUGCCCAGAGUGGAUGCCGAUAUUAAACUGGACUUUAAAGAUGUCUUGUUUAGACCCAAACGGAGCAGCCUAAAAAGCCGUGCAGAGGUAGAUCUGAUACGCACCUUUACAUUCCGGAACUCCAAGCAGACCUAUACUGGCAUACCUAUCAUUGCUGCCAAUAUGGAUACUGUUGGCACCUUUGAAAUGGCAAAAGCAUUGAGCAAGCAUACACUGUUCACUGCAAUACACAAGCAUUAUUCACUGGAAGACUGGAAGCAGUUUGCAUCUUCUUCCCCCGAAUUCCUGGAGCAUGUAGCAGUAAGUUCUGGCAGUGGUCAAGCAGAUCUGGAAAGGCUGAGCAGUAUUCUAGAAGCAAUUCCACUUAUCAAAUACAUAUGCUUGGACGUUGCCAAUGGAUACUCAGAACACUUUGUAGAAUUUGUAAAAACAGUGCAUGCGAAAUUCCCGAACCAUACAAUCAUGGCUGGCAAUGUGGUAACAGGAGAAAUGGUAGAAGAGCUCAUUCUUUCAGGAGCAGACAUCAUUAAAGUUGGAAUUGGACCAGGAUCGGUGUGCACUACCAGGAUUAAGACCGGUGUUGGUUACCCCCAACUGAGCGCUGUGAUUGAAUGUGCUGACUCUGCCCAUGGGCUGAAAGGACACAUCAUUUCCGACGGAGGCUGCAGUUGUCCAGGAGAUGUCGCCAAAGCAUUUGGAGCCGGAGCAGAUUUUGUAAUGCUGGGUGGGAUGCUUGCAGGACAUGAUCAGUGUGCAGGGGAAAUCACAGAAAAGAACGGAAAGAAGGUGAUGUUGUUCUACGGAAUGAGUUCUGAUACUGCCAUGAAGAAACAUGCUGGCAAAGUGGCUGAGUACAGGGCUUCCGAAGGCAGAACAGUGGAAGUUCCGUAUAAAGGUGAUGUGGAUAAUACCAUUCGGGAUAUUCUAGGAGGUGUGCGAUCAACCUGCACAUAUGUGGGGGCCGCCAAGCUUAAAGAGCUAAGCCGACGGACAACAUUCAUUCGUGUGACCCAGCAGUUCAAUCAGAUGUUCACAUAGAUCAGCUAAUUUGAAAGAAAAAAAGAUUCAACCUAUACUGAGUGUUCAACUGCAGUUUUCACCAUUUUUCUAUUCUGUUUUUCUGUUUCAUCAGCAUAUUGACGAAUGAAUAUAACUUUGAUACAAGACCAUAGCCCUGUAUGGCGGCUUCCUAUGCACUUUAACGAGGGCUCCCAUAUCUUGCCCUUCUUAAAGGAGAACUGGUUAAACGUCCAUACUGCAGGUGUUGUCUAACAGAUCAGCACUGUGCUACUUCCCUUUAAGUUUCCCUUUAAAAUGGCUGAAUAUGGAAACAUUUACUAAAUUUAUUACCUCAGAUUCCUUCCAAUUACUGGUAGGUUUUAACUCUUUUCUUUUUCUUCUAACGUUUUAUCAGUACUCGGCAGUGAUUAUAUUAUUUUGGUUAGAUGCCAAGGAAUUUUACUAUAUGAUGUUAUUAAUAACUUAUAUUCAGCAAUAUAACAGAGAGAGUGAAUAUUU